CUAAAAGUGCAUUUCCUGCUGACGAUCAACGCACAACGCGAACGUGUGUCCUCGCACCGAAAGGAUUCUCGACGACCGGCGUUCGUUCGUGUGCUUGUAGGGGGAAAAAAAGCACCCCCGAAAAUACACCCCCGUUUCCGGUGGAUUUUCCCGACCUGGAAAGGAAAAGGUGACAGUGAUUCCAUUUUUUCUCGGGCAAAACCUAUUCACCCCCGCGAGUGCGAAGUGCAUGUGUGUGUGUGUGUGUGCUGAUGUGUGUGUGUGUGUGCAUGAUUGUCGUACUUGCGUUUGUGUGUUAGCGCUGGCGCGCCAGUGAGCCAGUAAGUUUUGGGGGAGCUAAGGAGAGCGAGAAAAAGCGAAGAAGGGCGAGAAAAAAAAAACGGCAACCCAACCCCGGAGGAAGGAGCACAGAUAAAAAUAAAGCAAGCGAUAAGCAAACAACGACAGAUAGCUAGGAGCCCGAAGAAAACGACUAACGACGUCAAACGGAACCGACCAAAACGCUAUCGCGCACCGGUCAAGUGCUGUGACAUAAGGCGGUCGCGGUGCAGGAAUAAGUUAGAGAAUUAAUAACAAAAAAAAAGAAGGGAUAAAGCAAAAAUUCCCGACCCCAAGAGCGUGUGGAGAAAACUGCCGGAAUACGCCAGUGAGCGUUUCGCAAAAUCAGUGCAACGGUGCAACAAAGUUGCGGCGUGAAAAACAACCCUCCGAAGGUCCCAAAAGCAGAGGUUCCAAAUGUGGUCCGAGGCGAUGAGCACGUUGGCCAAGAUGUACCCGAAGCUGAGCGCUGUCGAGCUGUCAGCGAUCCUGAUGAAAGGAGCCGCCAUGUCCGCAUCACUAGAGCGCGAUUCGGGCUUUAACUCGGGCAGCUCGGAACACGAGGACGACCUCAAAUCGCUAGAUCAAAGCUCACGCGACGGUCUUAUCAGUCCCGAAAACAGCUCCGAAGACUCCGUUCCGGAAGUGAAACUACCCACGUCGAGUGUCGUCGUACCCGCGUCCGGUGCGUUGGUGAAAAACAAACGCAAAAGUUCCGAACCCCUGCGAGUUGUCGCGGAAACGGAGCUAUUAGGACCACUAAAGAAGCGCAUCCGUUACGCGGACGAUCAAAAACCCAUCGAAGAGCAACGACAGCAACCUCAUCAACCUCAUCGUCAAUCGCGUCCCGAACGGGAAGAUCUCGAUGCAAGCUCACCGGCAUCCUGCUCACGGACCACCACAAGCCCCUUCCGUCCAUGGGCACCUUCGGCAAUUUCUCCCUUCGCGGCACCACCAUUUCCCAGCCCAGCUGAUCUGCUCGUACGUCAUCCAGCCGUCACCACGCUGCACCGGGCGGUUAAUUUGAAGCCACUGGAACAACUCCAACCCCUAGCCCUGGUGGCUAAGAGAAGCUCAGAAUCGACGAUCAUCACCCCGCGAUCACCACAACACACCCCCGACUGGAAACUGCACGUCCUGCCACCCUCCGAGGACUCGUUCGUACCACCCCGGGCACCACCUUCGCUCGAUGACACCACGGAAUCGCUCGGUGAGCUCGAAUCCUCGGGAGCUUCCGGUGGAAAAUCUACCUCCACGAGUGCCGCAGCAUGUGCGCAAACGCGCAACUACAAAAACAUGACACGCGAACGAAGGAUCGAAGCAAACGCACGUGAACGCACGCGUGUACACACGAUUUCGGCGGCGUAUGAGAAGCUGCGGCGCGCCAUUCCGGCGUACUCGAACGCGCAGAAACUGUCCAAGUUGUCGAUCCUGCGCAUCGCGUGCUCGUACAUCCUUACGCUUAGCCGAAUGGCCGGUGAGGACUACAGCGAGGACGCAUCCGAACCAUCGAUCGCCGAGUGCGUCGAGAUGGUGACGAAAACGAUCCAGACGGAGGGCAAGAUCCGGAAGAAGAAGGACGACUGAGGGCACUUUGGGUCUUUGUGGCGCCCGAAGGGCGUCCAAUGCGCUAUUUAUUUCGUAGUGUUCUGGAUUCCUCCCCUACGGUGGGGAUCGAUUCGUGCCGGGAGGUCCUUCUGCACGCGGGAAAAUCAGUACAAACAAGCGACUUGAAGCGAGCAUUUCGGGUGCCAAACACACACACACAUACAUUGAUGACAAUAAGCGAUCGAGUGAUCGUGCCAGUGGAGAGA